AUGGCCAAGCUACGCACUUACGAUGUAUACGCCCAAACCGACUUCGAGCCUCGCCGCGAUAUAGUCAAUGGUACUGCCCCUAGCACAGAACCAUGGCACACCGAAUCAAACGACCUCGGUGAAGUUGGAGAGCCAUACUUCAUCGCCAACGGAUACGGUCCGAAAUAUCUGAGCUCCAAGUAUGGAUACCAGGUUAUCCAGCCUCUUGUUACUCCCAAGCAGGCGCAAGAUACAAACUACACCAUGUCUACUAUCUCGCUUAGUCGGCAGACAAGAAACAGCCCACCUUCAUACACUUUGAAGGGAGCUGCUGCUUUCGAGGUCUUGGAAGGUGUUCUGUCAAUCCAGAUUGGAGAUUACCCUGUUGCUACCUUGUUUACGGGCGAUGUCGCUUUCAUUCCUGCUGAGACCGCCUUUACUUAUUAUAGCGCAGUCGCUUUCACUAAGGCAUUGUAUGUCAGCAGUGGUACUGACGGUGUUGAUCAGCAGCUUAUUGCGGGUGGCAAGAGCUGGGAUUUUGUUACUUUCCCUAAGUAUUAG